GUCACCAGCUGAGCCCUCUCGGACCUUUCAUCCAUCGCACAUGCGCAGAACAUUCGGUCACUGGCGCUGUGGCUAACAGCUAAGCUACAACAUGGAGAGAAAAGUUUUGGCUCUGCAGGCGAGGAAAAAGAGGGGAAAAGCCAAGAAGACCAGCAAAAAGCAGCCGGCACAUCCCAGAAGUCGUCAGCAGGCCCAACACGAAGCCUCGCCCCAAGAACCGGAAGAACCCGAGGAGAUUCUAGGCUCCGACGAUGAAGAGCAGGAGGAUCCCAACGACUAUUGCAAAGGGGGCUACCAUCAUGUCAAAGUGGGCGACCUUUACAAUGGAAAGUAUCAUGUCAUCCGGAAACUGGGCUGGGGACACUUUUCCACCGUGUGGCUCGCCCGCGACAUCCAGAUGAAAAGGUUUGUUGCCAUGAAGGUGGUCAAGAGUGCAGAACACUACACAGAAACAGCGGUGGAUGAGAUCAAACUUCUCAAGUCUGUGAGAAACUCUGACCCUGAUGAUCCGAAACGGGAGAUGGUCGUCCAGAUGUUGGAUGACUUUAAGAUUUCCGGUGUCAACGGAACCCACGUCUGCAUGGUGUUUGAGGUUUUGGGACACCACCUAUUGAAGUGGAUCAUCAAAUCCAAUUACCAGGGUUUGCCACUACCCUGUGUGAAGAGCAUCAUUCGACAGGUUCUCCAAGGCCUGGACUACUUGCACACAAAGUGUCAGAUCAUCCACACAGACAUCAAGCCGGAGAACAUCCUGAUGAGCGUGGAAGAGCCCUACGUCCGGAAGCUGGCGGCAGAAGCCGCGGAAUGGCAGCGGGCGGGAGCCCCGCCUCCCUCGGGCUCCGCAAUUAGCACCGCCCCUGCUCCGAAACAGACUGUGAAAAUGUCCAAAAACAAGAAGAAGAAGUUAAAAAAGAAGCAGAAGCGGCAGGCGGCCUUGCUGGAAAAGUGCAUCAUGGACCUGGAGGAGAUGGAGAAGGUCACAGAGACGCGGGAGGACGACGAGGAGGUCGACGCGGAGCCCGAGUCGCCCAAGGGCCGGGCCUGCGCUCCUCUGAGGCAGCUGUCGCUGCAGGAUGUGGGCAACCAAGACGCGCAAGAGAGCGACGCCAAUGCAGACGAGUCGUCCGAGCUGAACUGUAACGGACACGCAGAGUUGGAGCGGAGACUUCCCCCGUGGAGGGAGGAAGACCAGCAUAAUGGAAACGCUGCGCAGAAGCGAGAACGCGCCUUCUUUAAUGGGUUGGACUGUGGCGACCAGAAGGAGCAGCUGCACCCUGACCUUGAAGGGCCUCCUUGCAGCGGAGUGUCCGCCGGGCACUUUUCCGGCAGGUUGGAGGAGGAGGAGGAGCCCGGAGACAAUCUUUGUCGCGAGCGGGGAGAAGAUGGGAGUGAGGAAAUGCUCCAAAAUGGCAAGCAAACGGCCGGAUCCCUGCUGGUCAACCCCCUUGAGCCGAUCAACGCAGACAAGAUCAAAGUCAAGAUUGCAGACCUCGGAAAUGCCUGCUGGGUGCACAAGCACUUUACCGAAGACAUCCAGACCCGGCAGUACCGCUCCUUAGAGGUCCUCAUCGGCGCGGGCUACAGCACACCGGCGGAUAUCUGGAGCGCAGCCUGCAUGGCUUUUGAACUCGCCACAGGAGACUACUUGUUCGAACCGCACUCUGGCGAAGAUUAUUCCAGAGAUGAAGACCACCUUGCUCUCAUGAUCGAGUUGCUCGGUGGAGUUCCUCGCCAGUAUGCGCUGAGUGGGAAACACUCGCUGGAAUACUUCACAAAGAAAGGGGACCUGAAGCACAUCACCAAACUGAAGCCGUGGGGGCUGCUGGAGGUGCUGGUGGACAAGUACGCGUGGCCCCGGCAAGAGGCCGAGUGCUUUGCCGACUUCCUGCUCCCCAUGCUGGAGCUGGUCCCCGACAAGCGAGCCACAGCGGCCGAGUGCCUGCGCCACCCGUGGCUGGCCCGCUAGUGGACCCCCCCCUCACCCCUUCCCUUCCUUUCCCUUCCACACUCUCUCCGGAGAAUGCAACAGAUCACUUUUCCAGUUUGGGCAUAUCAUCCGAGUAUUUAUUUCUCUUGUCGUUCUUUGCGCAUACGUUUGCGGGUUCUUCUCUUGAGCGCGAUGGGGAUGUUCCUCACAGUUGGCUUCAACUGCUGUACCCGAGCGGGGUAGGCGGGGGCUGGACCCGUUCUUGUUCCGCCGGUGACUCCUCCUCCUCCGUCUGUCCGACUCGUGCACUAAAACCAACCCCCGACAGACAACAGGAUAUGUAGCCGCGUCCCCGCCGCUUCACGAGUCCUCCCGCACUUUUCCUUUUUACUCGCUCUUUUAUCUUCUGUUCGACAUGUAUAAUACGUACACAUUUUUUGUAUUUGUGAAGAAGGCGUAGGAAAUUGCACACGGGGGCUGGCGCGUACGCCGCCGCCGACGGGAACGGUCCUCGCGGGAUUUUUCCAGCCGGACGGAUGUGGCGAGACGCGGGUGUCUGGUCUGCGAUGCACGUACGUAAGCAUCAGCACAAGUUUGGAUGCUGCGUAAUCGCUUGAGAACGAUGAUGAUAAUAAUAAUAGAUGCAAUCGUUUUGCAAAUCCCUUUCAACCUCCCGUCAUUCGAGCAAGCGCGCGCGAGUCGGCUCGACGAAUGCGCUUGUACGGCAUUCCCCUUCAAUGUGGACUCACUCGGAAAGGAUUUGCAAAUAUAGUUUUCCACACAGCCGAGGUUUCGUUGGUGUUUUUAUUUUGUCACAAAUCCCCCCCGUAGGGCAGAAGGGCCUCUUUCAUUGCCAUCGGAUGCUGAUAUUCCAGAAAAGUGCUUCCCGGCCCAUAUCGAGUCAAGGCACAUAUUUUAUAUUAGGAGGGAAAAAAAAAAAAAAGAAAAAUCUCACGGCAGACCACCGAAGGGAGUCGUGCCUGUUACGAUCCAUCUCCGCCAUACGUAGAUCGUUCAAAGACGCAUGAUUUCUGGUCAAUUUCAUGGAUCGUUCUACAGCGACACAAUUUAGGAAUCGAGUGCAACAGGAAGCCGCAAAUAAACAAACAAACGCAAAGCUGAACGGAAAAA